UAAAUGAACGUCAACAAUUGAAGUAGUGUGAGAGUCUCUCGCAUAUUGACUUGCUGAACAAGAGCCGCACUUGUGAAUCAAAAAGAAGACAGAAAAUAAGCAUCAUCAAAAGUUUUACACACGCAAAAUAAAAACCCCACUGGACACAUCACGCAUGGACGAUAACGCAUCGUUGCGCGAGGAUGUCAACAUUGAAUCUCGCCUCAAGGUGCAACCAUGCACCACCCCGACUUGCGCUGUCAACAUGCCAUCUCAAGCCCGUGCUGCCAAUGGAGCCCUCCAUUUCAUCAACCCUCUUUAUGAACUCCACCACGGCCCGGCUCAAUCUUCGCGAGACUCGGUCGCUCCGGACGGACGCGAAUCUCCUCAACUGGAUGGGCCGCUCGCUGCCGGCGACCCAGCGGUGGACAACGGUGAGCAAUUGACCGCCGCGGAGACGAGGCGGCACGUGCCGACUGUGACCGUCGACGCGGCAAGAGCAAACGUCGCGGCGGCCGCUUCUCUCGUCGCCGACGAGGACACCCCGCGACGCAGCAGCGGCCACCACGAGGACGAUGCUCGUCCAGAUGGAGGACGCGGAGGCGGCGACGUUCGUGCAGAUGUGACUUUGGCCGAACCGGCUAGAUUGCUCUUACAGAGCGCCAAACCUAACCACGGCCGCACGCAAAGUGCGCCCUUGACGAGUCUGACCGCACACUUGCGCAACGCAGACGCACGCCGAAGCUGCUCGCCGGACAAGGACGUGCACCAACAUUGCGAUCACGUGGACGACGCAAGUUCACAGGCGUCCUGCGACUUCGACGGCGCUGCCUUCGUGAGGAAACUGGGCCACUCCAGCUCCGUGUCCACCCUGGCCUCCGUCAGCAGCCACACGUCGUCGGGAAGCCGUUUCAGCCUUUUCCCCGAGUUCGACUUCUCGCUGGACGGUGCCUUCACGCAGUCCAUCAGACACAUCGUGUCCAAGUCUAAGAUCAAGCAGAAUUUCAUGAAAGGCAUCAACGCGGGCGUCAACAAGAUCGGCGGCACCUUCAGCCAGCACCUCGCGCGCAAGGCCGAGGGCAACAAAGUCAUCAAGAAGAUCACGAACCUCAUGCACGGCAACGACUCGUACUUCGGCGUGCUCAUGCGGAGCAACUUGUCGCACAUCGAGAAACACCUGAACACUCACGACUCGGCUGUCGCCAUGCUGGCGACUGUGAGGGCCAUCAUGACACAGCUGAAAAACUACGUACUGCAGUCAUCUGAACUUGACCCUAUUUUGUCUGCAUCAAUGCCUAUUCAUGAGAAAGAUGUAAUUGUGGAAAAGGCCAUAUGUAAGUGCAUAUUGAAGUCACUCAAGGGCCAACUGGACCAGAGCAUCGGGGACUACCAUCUCAGGGACGGCUCCAUUAAGCAGCUACGCUGCAGCUGUGAGGCCACACAAAACAAGACCCUGGAGGAGCUGGGAGUGACAGCAAAAGUCCCAAAUGAGGACACCUUGGCAGGGAUAAGGCAGGCACUUGCCAGCAUACAGCAAGACUACUUGCCCCUACGCAAGAUUAAAUGCCUCCUGAAAAUCUGCAAAGUAAUAUAUAAGUCAAUGGAAGACGGUUCAGGUAGACAGCUUGGAGCUGAUGAGUUCAUGCCAGUGCUGACGUACGUGCUGGUGAGAUGCGACAUUGCCACACUGAAGCAAGACAUGGACUACAUGACGGAGCUCAUGGAGCCAUGCAUGAUACACGGAGAAGGGCAGUACUACCUGAUCAGCAUUCAGGGGGUGCUCUACCUGCUGGAGCACGUGGAGACGGAACGCUGCAGCAAGCUCUUCCGCUCGGGCUCGCUGGGCCAGUGGCAGCACCGCGUGUCCGUGCGCUCCAAGGCCUCCCUGGGCCACGACCGCCACUCGCAGGUGAGCGUGUGA